AUGCGCACAAGCUGCUCCGCGCUGCGGGGGAGAGCGCCGCCAUCCAGCGACCCGAAUCCUAAACGGCCCCGCCCUUUCCUGUCUCGGCAGCGCGCGCACCCUCGCUCUCGAAGGCGCUUGUCGAUUGGAAGGUUGGCUCGUUCACGUGGUUCCCGGCGGCCAAUCAGGUUUUCCAGUCGCCGAGCACCGCCUUUCCGCUACCUGGCAGCUCCGCGAAAUGGCGGCGUCCGGGGCGCGGCGGGUGCUGUGGCACGGCCGGCGCUGGUGCUCCCAGAUGGAGUCCGCUGUCCCCACGCAGCCCCCCGGCCCGCUCUACCCGCCCAUAGUGGCCUCCGCCACGCGCUCUGUUCUGUUUCAGAUCUAAAACCUGAAGUUAACUAUUACUGGCAUCAUGGUGAGGAAGUUGUUGUUCAUGGACAUCGAAAGGGUAGAGUUGAUCCUGUGCGAUUUCAGAUUGAUGAUCACCCACACCUCCAGAUACGUGUCCCAAAGCAGCUUCCAGAGAUUGUACCGCUGGAGUCAGAUCUUGGAGAUGUUCCCGUUAUUGAUCACAAACCAUCCAAACUGCCGUUGUUCAAAAAGCAGUACGAAAACAAGGUAUUUAUAGGAUCAAAGGUAGCAGAUCCAUGCUGUUAUGGACACACUCAGUUUCAUCUUAUUCCUGAUAAACUGAAACGGGAGAGGUUUGUAAGAGCACAUCUUGAGGAUCAGAUUGAAGUUCUUUAUCGAGCUAAUGGUAUUGCAAGUCUCUUUGCCUGGACAGCAGCACAGGCAAUGUAUCAAGGAUUCUGGAGUGAAGCAGAUGUGACCCGUCCUUUUGUAUCACAGGCAGUAGUGACUGAUGGAAAAUACUUUGCUUUCUUCUGUUACCAGCUAAAUACUUUAGCACUAACUGUAGAAACUAUUCGAAAUAACCCUCGGAAGAACAUCUGUUGGGGUACAGACAGUAAGCCAUUGUAUGAUGUUGUGGAAGAUGGUAGUGUGAAAGGCUUUAAUGAUGAAGUUAUGCGUCAGUUGGUUCGUUUUCUGUUAAACAGACCAAAAGAGUUGUAAAUCAUUCAAGAAUAAAGUAUUCCUGUUUAUGUGCCUGAACUUCAUUCUAACUCCAUGAAGUAUGGGCUAGAACAUGCAUUGUUCUUGGUAAGGUAUUUGUCUAGCAAACGCUAUAUUAUUUUUUAUGAUAUUUGGGCCUUAUUUCUUUAUUUUAAAUGUAUGAUACUGUACACUGAAAUACAAAUGUCUGGAAUACAUUAAUGUCUUUU